AUAGAUAGAAGAUUUAUAUUUGAUCAAGUUUUGAAUAGAAAUAUUACCAAACCAUGUUCCAUUGGCUUUCUCUUUUCUCCAAAGUUGUUUUUUAAUCGUUGAUGAAUAAUGACAGCUACGAGGAGACCGAGUUCCUUAUAAACUCUGCAUAGGGGUGACUAAAAAAAGAAAAUGCGGUCAAGAAAAGGUUGGAUGCAUGACGUUUUUUGCAUCCUAUCAACUUUUCGGGAUUGAAAAGGGGCAUCUUUCUGUUUUUGAUCAUGAGGGCAUCAAAGCCGGCGAUACAUUCCAUUUUUACCACCCGGAUUUAACUGUCGGUGUAUCUUCUAUCGCCGCUAUCUCUAGCCAUUUGAGAUCUUUCAAUAGAGGGAGCAACAAUGCCAUUGGCGGUGAUAAGCAGGAUGUGUUCGGUGGUCUUAUAUUCAGUUGUUGUGGUGAGGAGUUCUUUGGACGACCAAACAUUAACAGCGCACCGUUUGUGUACAACUUCCCGGGUGUGACACUUGGGGGGACAUUUUGUUGCAGGGUAUUUGGACGUGGCGUUUUAACCCCGUAUGUUAAAGAAUCCCAAGAACAAAAGGCGGUGCAAUGUUGCGUGCAUACUAAGGGUGCUGUCUAUUUAAUCAUGUCUUACACUCCGUCAAAAACGAUUUAAUGUUGUUUUUGUGUUGUGUUGGGGUUUGGCGACAUAGAAAAGAUAAUGGUGGUUUUUUCGUUGUCUGAGUUUAUGUUUUAUGGGUUGUCUGUUUUUUGAGUGUUUUUAUAAGGAUUACUAGUAGUUCUUUUGUCCUAAGAUUUAAGUGUUAACAUGUGAUGUGAUUUCUUCCUUGUACAAAAAGUAACUUAGGUUACCAUCUUGGAUUAUACCCUUUCUUAUAUUAAGGUACCGUUUCAGAAAAGAAAAA